AACGGUACUCCUACAACAAAGACUGAGAUAUGAUUGACAACGGAUAGCAAUAAAUAUUAAAUCCAUCGUCUGAUAUAAAAGUCAGCUGUCCUAAAAGUAUGCCCUUGGCAUAUCUGCCACCAUUUCGCAGAAACUGCCAUCGGCCUUUAGGAGCUUAUAAAAGGAGUGUUCGUGAAAUGAGAUAGGUCAGAUCUGUCGUGUUGUGUAAAGAAAAAGACUCGUGUUAUCCAACUUUUGAAUCAUGCCACUUUUCAUGGACAAAAUCUGAGCCCUUUCACUUUUGACCAGCUGUGCAACUUUUAGUAAGCUGGCACCGGAUGAAAAACGAUGGAUCUGCUGGAGUGUCCGAUCUGUCUGUUCCUCAUGUGCGAGCCGAUGACCAUGAGCUGCGGUCACUCGUUCUGCAGGAGAUGCAUGGGCGCUUUACUGCCCUCACGAUGCCCCACGUGCAAAGAACGAUUAAAACAGAGGGAUGCAAAGAACAUCAAAAACAAUGUGUUACUCUUCAGCGUCAUUGAGAAAUGUUGCCCCGAAGAGACCAAGAUGAAGUGUCACAUUCAGGAGAAACUGAAAACGAGCGAGUUUACUGAAGCGCUGCGUAUUGCGGAUGAAGGGAUAGAGAUGGCCCCUGAUGAUGUGAGCCUAAAAGUCUGGCGGGCCGAGGCCUGCAUGGGCCUCCGUCGCUUUUCUGAUGCCCUCCGUGACCUGGAUGACCUCUGUAGUGUGCGACCCAACUGGACUGAGGGUUUCUUUCGUAAAGGGAAUGUGCUGCUUGAAAUGGGCAGACAGACUGACGCCCUCAUGCAGUUCAACCAUUGCUUGAAACAGCAGUCUGACUUUGCCCCUGCUAAAAACCAGAUUAAGAAGAUCUUGGAAGCAGAGGGCAUGGCUGUACCAGAAGAGGUUCCACAGAUCUUGCAUGUGGUGGCCGAGUACCUGCAAGUCCCCUGUCCUAUCACCAGCACUGUAAGCCCCUCAUGCACAGAUGGUCAGCGUUUCCCCCAUAACAGUGCUGAGGGUCAAACUGACUCUGACCUGAAUGCAGCUAAAGUGAAGCAUGGCUCCAGCAGCGAGUGCUGUCUGAGUCUGUGUCAAGCUGUAUCCUUCCUCCCUACUGCUGAGGAAGAUGAGGAAUUGAUGAUGGAGGAGAAACAGAGCAGAGGUGUGUGUAGUGUGGGCAGAGAGUCCUGCCUCAGCGUUCUGACAGUGGCUGAUUUUGAAUGCCCUCUCUGCAUCAGGUUGUUCUAUGAGCCAGUGACAACACCCUGUGGUCACACCUUCUGCAAAAACUGCAUUGAGAGAAGUCUCGACCAUAACCUACGCUGUCCACUCUGCAAACAACCGCUGCAGGAGUAUUUUAAGAACAGGAAGUACAACCCCACAGUGCUGCUGCAGGAGAUUAUGUCCCGCCUUUUCCCCCAGCAGUUGCCUGAGAGGAAACAGGUGCAUGAGGCAGAGAUGGCAGAGCUCUCAAAUUUGACUAAGGACAUCCCAAUCUUUGUGUGCACGGUGGCUUACCCUGGCAUCCCAUGCCCACUGCACAUCUUUGAGCCUCGCUACCGUCUAAUGAUGCGCCGAUGCAUGGAGACGGGCACCAAGAAAUUUGGCAUGUGCAGCUAUGAGCAUGGCAAAGGCUUUGCAGAUUAUGGUUGCAUGUUGGAGAUUUUGGAUCUGGAUGUGCUUCCUGAUGGCCGCUCCUAUGUGGAUACAGUGGGAGGCAGUCGUUUUCGAGUGCUUCGUAGAGGACAGAGAGAUGGCUACCACACUGCUGAUAUUGAGUACCUGGAGGAUCAUAAGGUUGAAGGCGCAGAGCUUGAAUUGCUGCAGCUUCUCCACGACAGUGUGUAUCAGCAGGCAAGGGAGUGGUACCACCGUCUGAACAGCCGAAUUCAGGAGCAGAUCAGUCGCCAGUACGGCAUCAUGCCUGACAAAGAGAAUGACAUUCAGGCUUCUGCUAAUGGGCCAGCCUGGUGCUGGUGGCUGCUGUCUGUGCUACAGUUAGAUCCAGCCUAUCAGACCACCGUACUGUCUCUUACCUCCCUGAAGGACAGACUGGGUCAUCUACGCAUUGUAUUAGAAUACUUCUCUCAGAGCUAGGACAGAGACACAUUAUAUGCCUGUAUGUUUUAUCUAUUUUGUCAUCACAUGCAUGUACCAUGGAAGAACACAUUUGAAUUAAUAGUUUUUUUUUACUCUAUGUUUUUGAUUGAACUACAAGAGGCAGUGAUCACUCAUGCCACAAAACUUGAUCACUUUUGGAUACAACUUGAUCAUUUUUUUCCUGAUCACUAUACAUACAAAAGAUCUCUUGUGUUUGGAUGUAAAACACUUUGCAAGACAACAAGUCGGUAUGAUCUGGGUUGUUUAAAACAAGAUUACAUGCUUUUGGUGUUUGCUUUGAUGAGCUUUGAAAAUUGAUUGAUGCAUUUUUAUUGGCUGAACAACUGUUGAAUUUGUCAACUUAAUUCCAACUUGAGUUGCGCACCAAAUAAUCAAAGACUCUUUGUUUGGUUCAAAGACGGUUUGGUUCACUGAACAUCAGAGUGGAUGCCAAAUAUUGCAGCUGAUGCAGUUUAUGCUAGUUUUUGUUGAAAAAUACAUUUGAGAUUUAAAUGUUGCCAGUACUGCUGGGUCCUGGCCAGAUUUUUUUUUUUUUCUAAAUGUGUAACUCACAUUUGUGGCCGGGAGGCAAACAGUUGGCCCAAGAGAUUAAUGAUUGAAGAAGAGCUCAUUGAUUAUGCAUGAGUGAGGCGCUAAUGAGUACAGCCUCGAAAUCUCACGGCUAAUUUCUGUCACAAUUCCGGCCAUGAUCACCAUAAACUUUGGUAGAAUCAGAAGUAAUAUUUUUGUCCUCAAUAAUUUAUAAGGAUUGAAAUACUGCAAUAGUAAUGCAGAGAAUACGCUUCAAAGCUUGCUAUUUCCUAGUUGUUGUUGCAAUAUUGUGAAUUGAUGAAUGAUAGCUGCUAACUUUGCUUUUUUCAUUCUCAGUAUUAUGAGUGCCAAGCUUUCUGGCAUGAGAAUGGAGGCAGGUACAUUACUCUUAAAGGUAUAGUUCAGCCAAAAAUGAAAAUUAUGUCAUCAUUUGCUCACCCUCAUCUAAUUUUUAUGCCUGGGGAUAUUUAGCAGAAUGUCUAAGGUGCUCUUUUCCAUGCAAUGAAAGUGAAAUGGGACCAGGGUCACUGUAAAUAACUUUUUUUAGUGUUCAAAGAAAAAACUAAGUCAUACAGAAAUUAAAUGAGGGGGUUAAAUGAUGACAGCAUUUUUAUUUUUGGGUGGUGUAUCCCUUUAUACAGAAUAUCAUUUCAGACUUGUGAUGGUGUCCAUAGCAGUUUUGGGAGGCAUUGUAAAGGUUUAUCUGUCUGGAAGACCUGAUUUAACAAAGUAGCUCUCCAACCUUCUCUGUCCAAGACAUAUUGGACAAUUUUUUUGCAUGCUUGUGCCUUGUGCAGGGCCUUAAUCUAGUUUCAGAUGUAUGGUUAAAGACUAAGGAUUCGUGUUUUUUUGUUUUUUGUUUGUUUUUUCCUCUAUUGUGUUUGAGUUUCACAUUCCGAGGAAUGUUAAAACUGCAAUGUUACACAGGAUUUAACAUACUUGUAUACAUGGACUUGAAACUGGGUGAAAACCUUUUUCAAAUGUUUUACUUUGGUGAUUGUGCCAUAGUUUUUUUUUUUUUUUUUUCAUGUGUGUCUAGCUCUAAUGGCUAGAUGUUCAACAAGGGUAAACAGGCACCCACCUGCACUGUUAAUUUAUUUAAAGUUCUCAGAUUUGAUCUUUUGUGCACUGUUCUAAAUAUGAUUACUGUCAUUUUGCCAUUUUGCUCUUGAAAACCAGUUACUUACAGGUGGGUGCUUUGUUUUCAACCCUGUUUUGAAUGCAGUAUGGGUGAACGUGUACUGAACAAUUACUUUUAAUUGGAAAUCUCAAUUUAUGUGCUAUACAAUAGUUAAUCCAAAACCUGAGCUUCAGAGAUCCUCUGGGAUUUAGUUAUAUCCCUCUUCACACAGUAGAAAGAUAACUUGUCAUCACAGCUGUUAAUGAUCACACCUCCAUGGUCAAACACUUGCUGAGCCACACAUUACUAAUGACUGUAAUGGAGGCUGCAGUGAUCCAGAGAAACAUGCGCACACAAAUCACAACAAUCUUUAUAAAAGGGACUCAAAUCAAAAUAGGUUUUUAAUUAAAUGUAAUUUAAUAAUAGAACCUAGAGAAACAGAGCAAUGCAUCUGAUGUGUUGUUUUGCAUCUAAAGGGGCACUCUUGAUGGAUAAUACCUUCCAUUUUCAGAAUACAGGACAUGAAACGCUAUAAAAUGUUUUCUCAACUUUUCAUAACUGCUACACUGUCAAUAGGUAUAUCUUGAAAAUGUACUUGUUUGCCUGAUUCACAUAUGACAUCGUGUUUUUCAGCCUUUUGGAUACGUGUAUGUAAAGGUGACAAAUCUUGUGGUGUUGCUUUAAGAAGUCUUGGAGAGUGACUUUUCAUAAUGAUAGUCUCAUACACCAGGAGAAGGCUGCGAUUGCAGCCCUCAUAUAAGUUGUCCAGUCUAAGAAAGGGCUAAAAAUAGUGUCUUUUGUUAGGUUUAAUCUAUAAAUUAGUCAAAGCAGUAUCAAUAACCAACAUUACAAAAUCAUUUUGUAUUGAAAUUGCUUUAAAAAUCUUCCUUUACCUUUCUUUUGUCACUAAUUCUUCUUAAUGUCACGUAUUGAUGUGUUUGAAAUUAAGGCAGCCUUAGCCAGAGUAUCUUACAAUUUUGUAUGCCCUGGUGUAAACUAGGGGUCUGUAUCAUUGAUAUUUCUUUUCAGCGAUUUGUCUCUGGCUCUUAAUGACAUUAUAAAAUAAAUGUUACAU